UCAUCCUCAAGAGAUUCAAGUAUUCAACCAAUGCAACCAAUCGAUUAACGUGAUUACCAUCCAGAAUGCCACAUUUGGGUAUACUUGUAUAAUCCUGAUGACUCCGUGAAAUGGGCAAGGACGCAGAGGAGAUGGUUGGUGAAAGUGAAGACUCCAAUUUCUGCAAUCCCACACAGGGAGGGCUUCACGCACAGGAAAUCACCCUUUCCGCUGUUCUGACCUGUUUGAUUUCCGCUGUUUUGUUCCCCGGGCCGGACACACCCGCUACAUUUCAGCACCGGGUCAAGGUUGAACUCUCCGAGUAUGCCCCCUUGCUCUGCGAAGCUUCUCAGAACACUGCUCGUAAUAUUCACGCCUGGACUCGCUGGGGAAGUCCUUUCCGUGCCCUUCUGCUUCUUUCUGUUGGGACAAUUGGCCUUUUUUGUUUGACAGGAUUACUAAUGUUUAUGAUUUUCUUUGUUGCGGCUACUGUCAAUGCAAUAGUGAUAUCUCUGGUCAUCUCUUUAGUGGUAGCUGGGGGGUUCUUGGUUCUUUUGUUUGCCUGUUUGAUAGCCAUUUACCUUGGGGCACUAUUUGCAGCUAUAUUAGUCAUUUCAACUGCAACAAUUUCAGCAAUUAUUACUGCUUCCAUAGCUGCAGGCUGGAUCGGAUUCUUCUUUACUGUGGGGCUUCUAACAAAGAAGAGCAUCUAUCUUGCAAAGAGUUCAUUGAGCACAACAGCAUCGGCAUUUUCAUCCCGUUCCUCCACUCAGCACACCACAUGAAUCAUUCAUAUGAUUAAGCUGAAGGCUCGCUUGCCUUAUAUUUGGUGGCAGAUGUUGGCGGGUUGUGUGUAGAGCAUAUCAGGUUUAGUACUUACAUCCAUUUUCCCGGCAUUUAAGUUGGUAGUUCGUAGAGGUAAUUUUUGGAGAAGUUGAGAUGAAAAUGACUUAGUAGUUAUAUUCUUGUGUUUUCAAUAAAAUCUGGAGGCAGUGUAUUGCUUGGCUUGCUUCACUGGAUCUAUGGUGUUAUCUAUUGUGUGUUUCCAAGUGAAGCAGUAAAGCUUUGCAAAUGAAUGUAACAUGUUUUGGUUUGGUAGUAGGAUGGUGACAACAACUGUACUAACAUCUAGCUUUUGGAUAGCAUGUUUUUGUGGACUA